CAACUUAUGAGUUCUGACUUGUGAGCCUAUUUUUCUCAUCUAUAACAAUAGUUCAAGUUUCUCUUGUGAUUAAUAAGUCCACUUAUUCAGUUUGUAACCUAAUAAUUAAGAGUUAAAUCAAUGGCUAUUCCUGUAAUUGAUGGUGAAGAGAGAGCCAAGACUCUGGCCCAGAUUGCUUAUUGCUGUGAAGAGUGGGGAUUUUUUCAGCUGAUCAACCAUGGGAUCUCUGAGGAGCUGUUAGAGAAGGUGAAGAGAGUUGCAUCUGAAUGCUUCAAACUGGAAAGAGAGCCGAAUUUCAAGAACUCGAAGCCGGCCAAACUCUUGAACGAAAUAAUCGAGAAAAAAAGCGAUGAGAAAUUAGAGAAUGUGGAUUGGGAGGAUGUUUUCUUGCUCUCAGAUGAUAAUGAUGAUCAGUGGCCUACCAAAACCCCUGGCUUCAAGGAAACCAUGAAGGAGUACAGAUUCAAGCUGAAGAAGCUAGCUGUCCGAGUCAUGGAGACCAUGGAUGAGAAUUUGGGCCUGCCCAAGGGCUACAUCAAUCGGGCCUUCAUCUCCGGGGCCCAAACCGGCGACAAGGCCUUCUUCGGCACUAAGGUCAGCCACUACCCUCCGUGCCCCCAGCCCGUAAGGGUAAAUGGGCUUCGGGCCCACACAGACGCUGGUGGGGUCAUCCUCUUGUUCCAGGAUGAUGAGGUGGCGGGCCUCCAGAUUCUGAAAGACGGUGAGUGGUGUUAUUAUACGGGUAUAAAAAUACACGGGAUUCCUACGAACUGAUUUGUAAUUUUUCAGUUCUUACAAAU